AUGCCUACUCUCUCGUCUCUACCAACCCGGGAGAUAGCUGGAAUCACAAUUCCAGAUACCCCGCUAAUCAGCAAAGCCAUUGCGCACGCGCGAGAACAGGGUGACGACUUCACAUACAACCACGUCAUGAGAUGCUUCCUGUUCGCAAUCGCCUCUGUCUCUGUUGUCACAACCGUGGUGCCGGACUAUGCCAUCGACUAUGAGGCUCUCGCCAUCAGCACGAUCCUUCACGAUCUAGCCUGGUCAGUGGACAGCGAUAAUUGCACUGCAGACAAACGAUUUGAGGUUGACAGUGCCAACGCGGCACGGCAAUUCUUAGCCACAGAGGCUGAGAAUGACCCUAGCUGGGACCCUCAUCGUGUGCAGCUCGUCUGGGAUGCGAUUGCGCUGCAUACCACGACUUCCAUUGCCAUGCACAAACAGCCUGAGGUCAUGAUUGCGCAUAUAGGUAUCUCGGUAGAUUUUGUGGGGCCAAAUGUCUUUCCUGGUGGGAAGGGUCCGUUGGCGUGGGAGGCCUUUAAUGAGGUGGUUGAGAUAUUUCCGAGGGAGAAUUUCAAAGAGGGCGUGAAGGUGAUUCUGUGUGAUUUGUGCCGGAAGAAGCCUAAUACGACAUAUGAUAAUUUUGUCGGCGACUUUGGGGAGAAGUAUGUGGAGGGUUAUGAUAGGACUGGGAAGAAGGCGAGUGACUUUAUUGAAAAUGCCCUUUGA